AUGAAUCAAGAAACGACAGGCGUUGCAUCCUUCAACGAAAGUUUCAAAGUUUCCGAUAAUGUUGCUGUAAUUGUUCCGGAAACUGGUGCGCAGGUCACUUAUCGGGAUCUAUCCCACAUGACAGGCCACCUACAAACUAUGUUUCAUUCUCCAGACUCUCCUCUGUUUGAUGUGGUGGGUCGUCAAUCUGCGAUUGCGAUCUCGAUGCCCAAUGGCCUUGAGUUCAUAACUGCUUUCUUGGGGGCCACUACGGACGCUAAGGUCGGAGCACCUUUGAAUCCCAACUACCGAGCCGAAGAGUUCAAUUUCUACCUCAAUGAUUUGAAAGCCAAGGUCAUCUGUGUGCCCAAGGGAGCCGUGAAAGAAGGUAGCAAAGCCGAAAUUUUGAAGUCUGCUGCAAAAUUUGAAUGCUACGUGGUAGAGCUGUGGUUCAAUGCGGACAGAUUUAGAGUUGAGUACGACAUCUACUCGCCCCGGAACGGGUAUAAGAUUAAGAUAUACUCUUCCGUCCACAAGGCUGCGUUUUUUAACCACGAAGAUAGAUUUCCAGGGUUCGCACGGUCUUCAGAUGUAGCGCUCAUUCUUCACACCAGUGGGACGACGUCUGCACCAAAGACGGUUCCUUUGCUGCAUCUGAACAUAGCCAGAAGCAUGUGCAACAUCGCUGCAACCUACAAACUAACCACUCAGGACCGCUCCUAUGUCGUUAUGCCGCUCUUCCACGUUCAUGGACUCAUUGGGGUGUUGUUGUCGUCGUUUUGGGCGCAAGGCUCGGUUGUCGUGCCUCCAAAGUUCAGUGCCAAAAAUUUCUGGGCCAAUUUCACGGCCUGGGGGUGCAAUUGGUUCAGUUGCGUCCCAACCAUCAGUAUGAUCAUGCUCAACACGCCCAAACCGCAACCACUACCCAAAAUCAGAUUCAUCCGUUCCUGCUCAUCUGCGCUGGCGCCCUCUACGUUCCACAAGCUGGAGCAAGCAUUCCAAGCUCCCGUUUUGGAGGCAUAUGCGAUGACGGAAGCCUCCCACCAAAUGACGUCCAACAACUUGCCACCGGGCAAACGUAAGCCUGGCACUGUGGGACAGCCCCAGGGCGUUGAGGUGUUCAUUCUAGACGACAAAGACAAUGUCUUGCCGCAGGGCGCGCAAGGUGAGGUCUCGAUUCGCGGCGAAAACGUCACACUGGGGUACGCACACAACGACAAGGCCAACCGUGAGAACUUCACUCGUCGUGAGAACUACUUCCGCACCGGUGACCAGGGCUAUUUCGACGCAGAAGGGUUUUUGGUCCUCACAGGCCGGCUGAAGGAGCUGAUCAAUCGUGGUGGCGAGAAAAUCUCACCCAUCGAGCUGGACAGCGUUAUGCUGUCGCAUCCUCAAGUGGACGAGGCCGUUGCCUUUGGAGUGGCUGACGAAAAAUACGGACAAGUGGUCAACGCUGCAAUUGUGUUGAAACCUGGCCAGAAACUUGACUACAAGGACUUGGCCGACUACAUGCGCAAGAGGGUCGCUUCGUUCAAGGUUCCUGUACGUGUCUUCUUCGUCGACAAGCUGCCCAAGACCGCCACAGGCAAGAUUCAGCGUAGGAUCAUCGCUGAAGUGUUUGCGGGCAAGAGCAAGCUAUAG